AUGGCAUGCAGUUUAACCAUCGAUAUCAGGCAUCCUGUAUUACCAGCAGUCAGAAGUCAUUCCGGUGGUAAAGUGAGUAGCGGUAAUAAUGAAACAACUCAGGACGUAUUGCAGUUAAUCACUACUUACAUGCUUAAUGGAUAUGCAAUACGUAAAGUGGAAGCAUUCAAUGAUCGAAUCUAUCUUUCUCGAUAUCGACGCAAUUAUUGGUUGGGAACAAGAUAUUACUAUAUGGAUAACUUCAACUAUUUAACAACACGAGACACUUGUUUAUAUCGCAUGGAUUCAAAUGAACGAAAAAAUUUGGAAUACGCAGAUGGUUCUCCCAUAUAUGAUAUUGUUUAUCAAUGUCAACGAUAUGUUCAGUAUUGCUGCGGGUUAACCUGCUGUUUGAAUGAAUUCAGUGAAGAUUUGCGUGCAUCAUCUCAUUAUGGUAAAAUACUUAAUCCGUGGAAUACAUCGCCAACUUUUCAGUCUCGGGUAUGCUUUUUGAUUUUUGCUCUUCUUUAUUUGCACGUUUAA